AUGGUGCUGGCCACGCCCCCUGUGAGCAAGGGCGGUAACGCGGGCGGCCUCUUCAUGGACCAGUAUCAGCAGUAUGCGGCCCACUGUGAGACCGCGGACAGUGGCAAUGGCAGUGACCUGGAGAGCACCGGAUUGCCCACCAAGCCGGAUGACAGCGAGGAGAGUGGCCCUUCCUCGCUGGGCAGCGACUCCAUGCACGGCAGUAGCACGGAGUAUGUGCGUCAGUCCGCCUCCCAGCCCAGUGGCCAGCGGCAGCGCCAGAAGUCCAUGCGGGUCCUGGGCGCCCUGCUGCCCGACAGCCUGCUCAGGGACAUACGGGACCGAAGGAGCACCGAGUAUGUGGUGCAGUUCUCCCAGCCAGUGGACGAGCAGAAGAUCCAGGUGCCCGACAAGAUUCCCGAGAAACCCAGCCCAUUUCGCCUGGCCCGCGAGUCGCUGAGCGAGGAGAAAAUCGAGGAGCUGCGGGCAGCCGUGGAGCGGGCCAACUUUGUGCAAACCGGUGAGGAGGCGCUGGACAGCAUCGAUGCCAGUUCGCAAUCUCUGCCAGCAAACAGCAACAUCGGCGGACACCGGGGCAAUAUCAACUACAAGUAUGCUGACGACCAGUACUACAGCUUUCACAUUAACGAGCACGAGAACUUUGGUGCGAGAAGCGCGAGAAGUGGCGACGAGGCGGAUCACUCCACGGGAGCGGGAACGGGAACGGAGGCGGGCUCCGUGAGCGGGAUCCUAACGGAGCAGCAAGACCUCUUCGCCGGCUAUCGGGACGUGCGAUGUGGAGCCAGUUCCACCCAGUCCACCAUCCGAUCGGCCAAGGGAACGGUGCGGGGCGUCAAGAACCGUGUGCGCAAUGGAAUAGCCACGUUCUUGCAGCUCCAGCAGCAGCCCAAUGCCAAGUUUCCAGUAAUGGUAGCUCCCUGCAUCUUGGAAAUGUCCGUCCGUCUGUUGUCCAUAUUAAUGCUGAAAGAUCGGAAAAUAUAA